AAUACCUGUUGAGCAGGAAUCCCAUUUCUUUUUGGGUCGUCGUCAAACAAGGAGCACAUUUAUUAGUCGAGAUGCUUACAGUAUAUCGUGGAACCAUUGUGCACACCAAAUCUUUCAAUGAAUUUGAAUCACUUAAGCAAGGCUUUGUUGCUGUCGAAAAUGGAAAGAUAAUUGGCGUUGGCGAUGACUACGAGGAUUGGUUGUCCACCACGAAAAUCGACCGCACAACGUUGUCUGAGGUGCUGCUCACGGAGUUUCAGUUUCUCUCUCCCGGAUUUUGUGAUGGUCACAUUCAUGCACCACAAUACGCCCAAAUUGGCCUGGGAUUGAGUGUGCCGCUUCUCGACUGGCUCAAUAAGUAUACCUUUCCAACUGAAGCUAAAUAUGUUGAUCAAGAAUUUGCCUUGGGAAUCUAUAAGAGUGUUGUCGAAGCGACACUGCGUUGCGGCACCACUUUGGCCUCUUAUUUCGCUACCAACAACUUAGAGUCCACACUGAUCUUAGCUCGGGAAGCGGCACGUCAAGGUCAGCGUGCACUGAUUGGCAAGGUCUGCUCCAAUUGCAACAGUCCCGAUUUCUAUGUGGAAACAACUGACGAAUCGGUGAAGGGAACGCAGUCGUUCGUGAAAGCAAUCCGUGAGCUGAAUAACCCUCUGGUCCUGCCAACAAUAACGCCACGUUUUGCGCUUAGCUGCAGCAAGGAGCUACUACGGGAAUUGGGUAAUAUUGCUAAGAGCAAUGAUGUCCAUGUGCAGAGCCACAUUAGCGAAAAUCUUCAGGAGAUUAAGGUGGUGAAGGACAUAUUUAAAACUAGCUAUGCCGGAGCCUAUGACGAGGCCGGUUUGUUGACCAAAAAGACUGUCAUGGCGCAUGGUGUGCAUCUGGAGGAUGAUGAGAUUGCUCUGCUCAGGGAGCGUGGCACAUCCAUUAUACAUUGUCCAGCUUCCAACACAAAUUUGAAUUCGGGUCUAUGCGAUGUGCAACGCCUAAUCAAUGCAGGAAUAAGUGUUGGCUUGGGAACUGAUGUUUCUGGUGGCAAUUCCGUAUCGAUACUGCAUGCCUUGAAUCGCGCUUUAGACGUGUCCAAGCAUUUAGACUUUUUCAAUAAGCAGGAUAUUUUCGGUACGGGCCCAGCGAAAACUCCAAAUAGAGACUACCAGCAGUUGUCGUACAAGCAGGCAUUUUAUUUGGCCACCUUGGGUGGUGCUAAAGCAUUGUCUUUGGACCACAUCACUGGUAACUUUGCUGUCGGCAAGGAGUUUGAUGCACUUCUGGUGGACGUUAGCAUUCUGGAGAAACCACAUCGUACACUAACUGUUGACGAGCUGGUGGAGAAAUUCAUAUUUACGGGUGACGAUCGCAAUAUUACCGCCGUAUUUGUGGCUGGCAAGUGUGUCAAAGGAUCAAAAUGGGAAACCAAUUAAGAAAACAUUUGUUUGCUAACAGUACCAUUUCGCAUAGAAAUGCAUAGAGAAUUUAUUACAUAUAUUUUUCAGUGUAUGUCUGGAUCGAUUUUAAAUGCUGAAAAUUAAACAAUUUUGGGGUAACAGUAAA